AUGCCUCCCAAAACCCACCAGGGUACUCGUCAGGUCUAUCUACUGCCCUUGACCGAUCUGGGCGCGCCUGAUGUCCCUAACGAGUACAUUUACCUCCCUGCGCCGACAGAUCCGGUGUACUACUUGAGGUUUGCCAUCGAAGGAGCAAGCUCAAUAUGUCGUCAAGGAAGCUUAUGGGUCAAUAUCCCUGAACCCGGCCAGAGAUUUGAUCGCAACCACUUCCGCGAAUUCAAGCUUCGUACCGAUUUCAAUCGAACCCUCGAGGUCGACAUCCCCAUCACUUCUGCGGGCGCCUUUUCAUUCUAUACCACCUAUACUCCGCUCCCAGAAUUCUCUACCUCAAAGGUCGAGACUCCAGAACCGACCCGCACUCCUACCUAUUACGUCGAUAUCGAGCCAAAACUGGUCCUUGGAGGCUCGAGCCUGCCAUUGGACGCAUUGGGGAUUUUUUCAGUCGUGUCAAAGUUCAUGGGAAAGUAUCCUGGAGACUGGAAUAAACACCUUAGAGGUAUUAGUGGAAGAGGAUACAACAUGGUGCACUUUACACCCCUGCAACCCCGUGGCGAGUCAAAUUCGCCAUACAGUCUCUAUGACCAACUCUCCUUCGACACAGAACUCUUCCCCGAGGGUGAAAAUGGUGUAGCCAAGCUGAUCAAAUCCAUGGAGGAAGAACAUGGUCUUCUCGGUUUGACCGAUGUUGUGUUCAAUCAUACCGCGAACAACAGCAAAUGGUUAGAGGCACACCCAGAAGCUGGCUAUAACGUGGAGACAUCUCCGUGGUUAGAGUCUGCAUUGGCCUUAGACGAUGCUCUUCUUGAGUAUAGCUGUCAGCUCAAGUCACUCGGUCUUCCGACGGAUUUCCAGGAUUCCAGUGAUCUGGAAAAGGUCGUUGGAGGUAUCAAAGAGCACGUCAUCAAUAAAAUUCGCCUUUGGGAGUUUUUCGUGGUUGACAUCGUAUCCGAUGUUCAAGCGGUGCUUGGUGCAUGGGAAAAGGGUGAUACCAAAAUCCCAUCGGGCUCAUUCGAUGACACCAUUGGUGGUGGGUUAGAUCGCAUCAAGGAAUGGUCGCUCUAUGAAAAGGCAACUUUUUUGAAAGAGAAGGGCCUGCUCAAUGGCUUGCGGAUCGAUGGUCGAUAUUCCAGGAAAGUCGACCCAGCAGUGGGUGCGGCCCUCCUGACCGUACUAUACGGGAGAUUUGAAGGUGGUAAUACUUCGUCAGCGGAGGCUGGUAUCAAGGAUAUCUUGAACGAGUUGAAUUUACCUUUCUAUCGUGAGUAUGAUGCAGAUACAUCUGCAAUCUUGGAUCAAGUCAAAGGACGACUACAGUAUACUAGGCUUGAUGCGAAUGGCCCGAGACUAGGCCCGAUCACGGAGAAAAAUCCUUUGAUCGAGACUUACUUCGCCCGGCUUCCACUUAAUGAGACCACCAAAAAACACAAUACACGGUCUCUAGCUCUCGCGGUGAACGGUUGGAUUUGGGCCGCCGAUGCCAUGAAGGACAAUGCAGGUCCGGAUUGGAGACCUUAUCUCAGAAGAGAGCUGAUCCCAUGGAGCGACUGUGUGAAAUUGAGAUAUGGCAAGGGCCCAGAAGAUAACCCAUUCUUGUGGGAGCAUAUGACCAAAUACGUGCAAUUAAUGGCCAAGUAUUUCACUGCUUUCCGCAUUGACAACUGUCACUCUACCCCUAUUCAUGUAGCUGAAUAUCUACUGGAUGAGGCGAGAAAGGUUCAGCCGAACCUUGCGAUUUUUGCAGAACUGUUCACCGGAAAUGAAGCCACCGACUUCAUCUUCGUCAAGCGCUUGGGUAUCAGCGCGCUGAUCCGUGAAGCCAUGCAGGCUUGGAGCACUCAGGAAUUGAGCAGAGUUGUGCAUCGACAGUCAGGUCGACCGAUUGGUAGUUUUGAGAUCAACGUCCCUUCCCGAACCGGAACGAAGCAAACCAACAACCUUGUCAACGGUAAUGGUUAUUCUCCCCCUACCAAGGAGAUCGUCAAGCACAUUCGAGAGUCUCCCGUCCACGCCUUGUUCAUGGAUUGUACACAUGACAAUGAAAUGCCGGCGCAAAAGAGAGAUGCUCGAGACACUUUACCUACCGCCGCCCUGGUCAACAUGUGCGCUUGUGCUACCGGAAGUGUGAUGGGCUUCGAUGAAAUAUACCCCAAAAUUGUCGAGAUUGUUCACGAAAAUCGACAAUAUACCUCUACCAGCUCCGAGGGUGAGGUUCACACGGGUGCAGGUGAAGGAGGUAUUGCUGGAGUCAAGAAGCUGCUCAACCAUAUCCACACCAUGAUGGGCAGGGAUGGGUAUGAUGAAACCUUCCUCCACCACGAAGGCGAGAUGAUCACUUUACAUCGUGUCCAUCCAGAUUCUCGAAAGGGAUAUUUCUUGAUCGCGCACACCGCAUUCCCUGGGAGUGGAAACGGAAAUGGCGGCUUAAGCCCUGUUCAUCUUGCUGGAACCAAGGCCAAAAUCGUGGGCUCUUGGGUGUUGGAAGUGGACCAAAGUGACAAAGCAAAGAAGGAAGCAUUGGAUGAUAAGGAAUAUCUCGUCGGACUACCAGCUCGCGUCAGGAAUAUCAAGGGAGCGACCAUUGAAAGUGAAAAUGGCGAUACCACAAUCAGAGUUGCCGACUUUUUUCCUCCUGGUUCAAUUGCAUUGUUCGAGACGUGGGUGCCAUCCGCGGAACAUUCACAGGGGCUGGGAAAUUUUAUCGCGAGCGGUUGUGAAGAAGGGUUCGGCGAACUGGAUCUUAUCGAUCUCAAUUUUUUGCUCUAUCGAUGCGACGCCGAAGAGCGGGACUCGAGUGCGGGCCAAGAUGGCGUGUACAACAUUCCUGGUCACGGACCAUUGGUCUACGCAGGUCUUCAAGGCUGGUGGAGCGCCAUUGAACCGAUUGUUCGAACCAACAACCUGGGACACCCGCUCUGCAGGCAUCUUCGUGAGGGACAGUGGGCAUUGGAUUUCCUGGUUGGUCGGAUCGAACGGAUCUCCAAACAGGAAGGGUAUUCCCGUCUGUAUAAGCCAGCGCAAUGGCUCCAGGAACGAUUUGCUGCCGUUCGGAAUAUACCAAGCUUCCUGCUGCCACGCUACUUUGCCUUGAUUGUUCAAGUGGCCUAUAAUGCAGCUGUCAAGCGAGCCAUUGAGCUCAUGAGUCCAAGCAUCCAAAAUAGCCAGGAAUUUGUCCAAAGCUUGGCUCUUGUCAGCAUUCAGCAGACUGGUUACGUGAAGUCGGCAUCACUAUGGCCGACCAAGAGUGUGCCGUCUCUUGCUGCCGGUCUGCCUCAUUUUUCGGUCGAAUGGGCCCGCUGCUGGGGCCGUGAUGUCUUCAUCUCGCUGAGAGGCCUAUUCCUGUGCACAGGCCGCUACGAAGAAGCCAAGGAACACAUCAAGGCAUUUGGCAGUGUCUUGAAACAUGGACUGAUUCCCAACUUGCUUAGUAGUGGUGCAGCCCCGAGAUACAAUUCCCGAGACUCCCCAUGGUUUUUCCUCCAGAACAUUCAAGACUACGCCCAAAUUGUGCCAGAUGGGAUAUCGGUCUUGAAAGAGAAGGUACCCCGUCGAUUCCUGCCAUAUGAUGAUACUUGGUUCCCGCAUGAUGAUCCACGAGCGUAUUCCAAGGAGUCUACGGUCGAGGAUAUCAUCCAAGAGAUCCUCCAGCGACACGCGUCUGGGCUGUCUUUCCGGGAACACAAUGCGGGGCCUAAUCUUGACAUGCAAAUGAGACCGGAAGGAUUUCAAAUUGACGUCAAGGUCGAUUGGAAGACAGGCAUCAUCUUUGGGGGCAGCCAGUCCAACUGCGGAACAUGGAUGGACAAGAUGGGGGAGAGUGAACGAGCUGGAAGUAAGGGUGUGCCUGGUACACCUCGAGAUGGAGCAGCAGUUGAGAUCACUGGUCUCUCCUACAGUGCUUUGAAAUGGGUAGCAGAACUCAACAAGGCGGGCAAAUACCAGUAUUCUGGCGUCGAGACAGAUCAGGGUGAAAAGAUCACGUUUAAUGAAUGGGUCGAGUGUAUCAAGGCGAAUUUCGAAAAGGUAUACUGGGUACCUGUCGAUCCCAAGGAUGAUAUUGGUGAUGACGUGGAUCCCAAAAUCAUCAACCGGCGUGGCAUCUACAAAGACCUGUACAAGUCUGGAAAGGAGUAUGAAGACUACCAAUUGCGAUGCAACUUCCCCAUUGCGAUGACAGUUGCGCCAGACUUGUUUAGCCCCGAUAAAGCAUUGGUUGCUUUGAAAGCAGCAGAUGAUUUCCUCCGUGGACCAACAGGAAUGGCAACUCUGGAUCCAUCGGAUUUGAACUAUCGACCCUACUACAACAACUCGGAAGAUUCGACCGACUUCGCGACCUCGAAGGGCAGAAACUAUCAUCAAGGGCCAGAAUGGCUGUGGCCGACCGGCUUCUUCUUGAGGGCAUUGCUGAAAUUCGACUUGAUGAGACAGACGUCAGCAGCAGGCAGGUUGGAGUCGUUCCAGCAAGUGACUCGGCGUCUCGCAGGAUGCAAGCAAGCCAUCAAGGACAGCCCGUGGAAAGGACUGACGGAACUGACGAACAAGGAUGGGUCGUACUGUGCUGAUUCGUCGCCCACGCAGGCGUGGUCUGCUGGGUGCCUUAUCGACCUGUUCCAUGAUGCAUCAUCUCUGACGACGGAAAUGAACGACUUAUGA